CUGGUUCACAUGUCUUUCUUUCCUCUUACAUUUCUCAACUCUUUACAGAAAUCCCCAGAAAGAACAUCAAAUCGCUCCGAAACUGGACUCUUUAACCCAAUUGCGCUCUCCAAAAGUACGCGUCUUCUCCGAGUACCAAAGCAUUUACCCGUAGGAUCACCAUCGGGCAAUUCUCAGAUUAUUCUUAGCAUCCAUAAGCUGUCGUCGAUCAGAAGAGCUCCCGUCGGUACCUACUUUGGACUUGGAGUGCUCGCCGUUCGAGUCCAAACACAAGUCGACUUCAGGACAAGGACAGCUUGCGAAAGCAAAACUAAUCACUUAGUUAAAUAUUUGUCAACGUUACUGCUAGCACGACGUCUGCCGAGCUACAUAUGGCCAGCGACGUAGGCUCUCCCCGAAGGGAGCAAACACCUUCCGGAGCUGCCACGACGAUCCCUCAGAAGCGCACGCUCGAAGACGACCACAGUCCAGCAGUUCCAUCACCCCUAAACCCAGAUAACAAGGCCGCUCCAAGAGUCCAAAUACAGGCACCCGAAGACACCCAGCAAGCAGCCGUUCUAAACCGCGAAAAGAGAACAAAGAAGGACUCCUUCAAGAAGAGGGAGGCCAAGGCAGCAGCAGGCGGUUCCGAUAGUUCUAGAGCAACUCCAGACCCGAAGCAGCAACACAAAGAGCCCUUGAUCAACGAAUUGCUCCCCGCGCGCUAUAAGCUCGCUCCGCCCAAACUUACUGAUUUCGAGCCCGCGCGCGGUCCCGUCUUCACCAGCCAUCAUGAGGUUCAAGGGCCCGAGGGCGAGACCAUCGAAUUCUUUGAUGCAACCGAACAUGUCUUCAACAAGCGAGCGUUCCAUUACACUCACUGUAUAGCCGACCCAACGUUUCCUUCCAUGUUCUACUAUCGCCAGACCGAGACCGAGCCGUACGCUGCCCACAUGGCCUUCGAGGACUCUGCCUCCCACGUAUACUUUGACCGACAGGGUCGUCAUGUCACCACCGACAAGGGCUUCCGUAUGUCACGAGCCAACGUGGCCGUGCGAGAGGGCAGGUGGUAUUGGGAGUGCAAGGUCACUCGAGGCACCCUGCGCGAGCCAGGUUCCGAAGGUGAUACCAAGGCGCAUGGGCACGUUCGCGUGGGCUGGGCGCGGCGUGAGGCUUCUCUCGACGCCCCCGUCGGGUUCGAUUGCUACAGUUAUGGUAUUCGAGACGUGGCUGGACAAAAGGUGCACAUGUCACGGCCGAAAGACUUCUUCCCGCCUGGCGAGGAGAUCAAAGAAGGAGAUGUGAUCGGGCUGGAGAUCCAGCUGCCUUCGGAACAUUUACACAGGAAGAUUGUAACGGGGCAUUAUAACCCUGCGGUCGACUUGGCAGACGACGAACCAUCGCUCGAGGCACCCAACAUCAUCCGGGACCGGAUCCCCAUUCGGUUCAAACAACACAUUUACUUUGAGAAGAUUGACUACCACACAACCAAGGAGCUGGAAGACUUGUUCAGUCCCGCGCCGGUAGCAUCGGCAAGCUCAAACUCGCCGGAACCGCCGAACCCAAAUCACCCAUUGCCGUCGCUACGGACGCUGCCGAACUCGUACAUCAAGAUUUACAAAAAUGGAAAGGACAUGGGCACGCCUUGGACUGACCUCUUCGCCUUCCUACCACCCGCAUCAAAACAAAGUACUCAGUCAGGGGCACAUGCCGGCAGAGAAGCUCUCGACGACGGAACUGUCGGAUACUACCCAGCCGUAAGUGUUUUCCGCGGUGGCGCCGUCGAGGUGAACUUUGGCCCAGACUUCUGGUUCCCACCACCUGGGUCUGGUCUUCCCCAGAAGCAGCAGAACGGGGUAGGCGAUGAGGACGACGUGGACAUGCUUGACGACGGAAGUGUGCCGAAUCAAGAACCCCUGCGGCCGGUGUCGGGUCGCUACGAGGAGCAAAUAGUCGAAGAUAUCGUCUACGACAUUAUCGAUGAAGUUGGCUUCUGGGCCCAGGACGGUGGCAAGGUGAUUGACCGUUUCAACCUCACGGCGAAGGACGCCGAGAAGUUGCUGGCGACGGGUGGGGGCGGAGCGCAAUUGUUGCCUGGUGGGCGGGACGAAAUCAAGGAGCUUGUCCAGGACGAUUAGGUAUCCCGGGACAGACUCAUGUGGGACGGACUUCGAUGGCGGUGUUCACGUGCUGUCAAGUAGACGAGACGUACCUGGAGUCAGUCACUCAUGGAUAUGGAGGCGAGAGAGGUUUGCAGUUCCGGUUGGAAAUGCUUUCAGUUGGGUUGGGGACAGAAGCGUAACACGGUUCUGUUUCACUAUGUCGAGGCUUCGCAAAAUUGUUUUUGCUUUGUAUUUGUUUUUGCAUAUCUGAUUACAAUCUUCAGCGAGUGGUGAGGGCUAUGCAUCAAGGGCUGGUAGGCUACAUAUGGUUAGGUGUGCCUCGGAUGGAGUUUUGAAAGAAAUACCCAAGUGGUAGAAAUAGUAGAGAACUGGUUAAUUGCCAAAAGGUGUUGCAAUCUCUACUACUUGGGGAUGAGUGUCAGCCGGUCUUGUGACGGCCGAUGGGCAUAAACGAGCAUCGAGAACGGUAUUCGUGAGAUUCCUGGACGGAUCAACAAACACACAUAAGCAGUAAAAUGACAUCUUAGUCCGACUGGGUGUAUCGUCGGAUUCUCGCAACCGAAAUCAAAAGGUUUCCC